UAUCCUGUUUUCAUGUAGUAAGUUUUCUAGAUAUUAAAAUGGAAUUUAGAGAUAAUUACGAACAUAAAGUGAAAGGAGUAUUAUAUUUUUCAAGAAAUUUACCUACUGAAGAAGCGGGUAAUCUAUAUCAACACUAUUCAAAAGGUUGUAAAUGUUUAAGUGACUGCCUAUACGAAACUUGCCAAUGUUUAAUGGAAAGUGGAACUGCUUACGAAUAUACAAACAAACUCGACUUUGAACAAUACAAACUGAAAUAUAAUAAUUUAGAAUUACCAAGUUUCGAGUGUAAUACAAACUGUCUUUGUAAGCAUACAAUUUGCGGAAACAAGUUAGUGCAAUUAGGACCACGACAAAAUUUAGAAGUCAAAUUAUGCCCAAAUCUGAAUAAAGGGUAUGGGUUAUAUACGUCAAAAUUGAUAUAUACCGGUAAUUUUAUUUGUGAAUAUGCUGGAGAAGUUCUAACGGACACGGAAGCUAAAAGUAGAUACAAAACUUACACUAAAAAUAACCAACCAAACUACAUAUUCUGUUUAAAAGAAAGAUUCGGCGAUAAAUUAUUGAAGACGUUCAUAGAUCCGACUACUUAUGGUAAUAUCGGAAGAUACAUAAACCACAGUUGUAACCCAAACUGUAAUUUGAUAAUUAUUAGAGAAAAUAGCACCAUACCAAUUGUAGCGAUAUUUGCAGCACGAAAUAUAGAACCCAACGAAGAAAUUACAUUCAAUUAUGGAGAAGAAACAAAUUCUGAUAGUGAUGAACCAAUUCCAAGGAAACCGUGUUAUUGUGAUGAAAUUAAUUGUAAGAAAUAUCUUCCAUAUGAACCAGAUUUACAAAAAAAUUAAUGAACACAUGUUUAAAUUGUGUAUUACUCACCGAUGAUUUGUAAUGUUCAGUAAAAUCUUCAGUGGGAAAGAUGAUAUUCAAAUUUCGAACGUCUUUUACUGGUGAAACAUAUACUAUAGUUUGGAAUUGAUCGUCGGUGAAAGGAUGAGUUUUCCAUUCUGGAGAUUUUACAUUGUGAUUACUUACGCCAGAAAAUAGUUCUACUACCAUCUCUUCCAAUUCAUCUAAACUUUCUGUGUAUAAAAUAUAAACAAAUCACUAAAUAUACAGGUUACCACAGUUAUACUCACAAAUACACUAUCUAGGUCUUAGAGAUGGACAAAACUAGUGUCCUAUGUAAGGCUUGAAGAACUGGACAGUGCAAAUGUGAUUUUUCAGAAUUUAAAUAAUUUGCUCAAACAGACCGUAUAUGGAAUUCCAUAGUGAGCAAUUGUUAGUAAUUUCAACUUCAAACAUCAGAAGAUCACGAUUUUUUUUAUUGAAAAACUCACAAUUCUUAACAAUAACACUUGAAUUUUUUUAUAAUUAUAAU